AGAAUUUAAAAUUUAGAAAUAAAAGAAGUGUUUGGUGUUUGCUGGUCAGACAUUGGCUGGGCAUCACAAUGAUGGGAGGUCAGUAGAUCAGUGGUGUGAUGAGGAACUCUGUUAGUCCUCGGGUUUAAAGACGAGACAGGGAAAGAGGAAAAAAUCCUAUUGAAUUUAAAAGGCCAUUUGUGUGUUAAUUCUUUGUUGUUUCAUCCAUGUUGAGGUAAUGAUGACAGUAAUCUCUUUUCCACGAUUAAACCAUACGGUUACAAUGACACCUUGAAACUGAACUCAAUUAAUGAUUUUGAUAGUUGAGAAAUAUUAAUGCUUUACUGACCCUCUGAAUUCUCUUCUUCCAGCCGAUUUACGCAUAAACCGACACGAGAUGAGUUCUGACAAGUCACGCGCGCCCGUGAAAAAAACUGCCCGUGACUCAAGCACAGAGCCGUUAGCGUCGUGGCGCUCAAUCCAUGAGUGCGCGGGAUUGGGCGGGAGGAAAGACGGGAUUGGGCGAACGGUGGAGUGAAAGUGAAGCCGUGACUCACGCACGAGGGAUGAAAAUCCACUUCACUUUACCUCAGCCGAGGACGCGCGCGCGCUGCUCUCUGACGGAAUUUAUCGCUGUUCUGGACAAAUAGUUUCAUUUCUUUACAGUUAAACAAUGGCCUUCAUGGUGAAGCACGUCGUCGGAGGUCAGCUGAAGAAUCUGACCGGAGGUCUGACAGAAGAGAAAUCAGACGGAGAUAAAUCAGAGGCUAAAGGAAUGACACAAGAAGAGUUUGAACAGUAUCAACAACAGCUGGAGGAGGAGAAGCAAGAGCGAGAUGCCAAUUUUGCUCAGCGAAAGGCUGAGAGAGCUACGGUCAGAACUCACUUCAGAGACAAAUACAGACUGCCAAAGAAUGAGUUAGAUGAGUCUCAGAUUCAGGCUGCGCAAGAUGAUGUUGAACUCCCCACUGAACUGGCCAAGAUGAUCGCUGAAGAUAACCAGGAAGAGGAACACAAACAGUCUGUCCUGGGUCAUCUGACCAACAUCCAGAAUGUGGACAUGAACCAUCUGAAGGGAAAAGCUCAGGCCACACUGGAGGACCUGAAGAACUCUGCUGAGAAGUGUUCGGUCAUGUGAUCUCUCUCUCUCUCUAUCUCUCUAUCUUUCUGUCUAUUUUCUUGUCUCUUUAUCAAGAAGACUGUCCUUAUCUGUUGUAUAUCUCCUCCAUCAUCAUCUUACUCACUGACAUGUUCAUGUUAAAAUAUUCAGUGUGAUCUAUAGGACAUAACGCUACUGGAGUUUCUGGUCUUCUUGUGGUCUCUCAUAAAAUACAGUCUUUGUGAGAAUAUUUCCAUCAUGUUUCACCCCAAGAUCAAAAAAGAAAGAAAAUUUAUUUAUUAUGAUAAAAACUCAAUUUGUUCCAUUAGAUAUGGGGGAGUUAUUUUAACAAAUAUGAAAAACAUUUUAUACAUCACAAUGCAAAAAGUCCAAAUGGUCUCAGAGACGGGCUUUAUGUUGGUUAUGCAAAGCGUGUGUGUGUGUGUGUGUGUGUGUGUGUGUGUGUGCGUGCGUGCGUGCGUGCGUGCGUGCGUGCGUGCGUGCGUGUGUUUUAUUUUAUUCUUGAUUUUGGGGGUUAAUGUGACAUUGACAGGUUUGUGAUAUUCAUCAGAUAAUAAACAUUCAGGCUUCUUUAACUUAAGCAAUAGUUUAGGUUUAUGAUGUUAAGGACUUUUUGGGAAAUAAUCCAUCUGUCUGUAGGUCAUUGCAGCCAUUAAAUAUCUACAUGAAGACCUUUGACCCCUGCUGAAGUCAACGCCCUUUGACCUUUCUUUGAGUGAUGCUGUUUAGUGCAGAUGCUUGGUGUUAUCUGGUUCUUUCUCUUAGAAAUCUGAAUUAUUUCAUCACUUCUGUGUGCAGGAACAGAUGUGAAGCAAAACUUUUGAUUAUUAAUGUGAAGCAUUUUUUUGAAGUUUGUGUUUUUUGUGUGAUUUGUGUAUUUUGUGAGUCUGUUGUCAGUGUUGAUGAAGCCAUGCAGGUUUUAUGGUUUUGUAAUAAGCUGCUUCCAUCUAGUGAUAUUAAAACGAUAAUAAAGCAAUAUUACAGUCUCUGAUCCAAAUGCAGGACAGAGCUGAUAGCCAAUAAUAUACAGGGAAUAAGUCUGAAGAGAAAUUAAACGGUUGAUUUUACCUUUAAUUUUGUUUUACCUAAUAGAUGAUAUAUUUGUUAUUUAUUUACCAAUGGCAAGAGUUGAUUUCUGUCGUUGUAUUUAUGCCCUCAGUAACUUCAUUGUUUCCACAGUGGACUAGAAGUAAUGUAAUUACCAAUGUAAUGUGCUCAUGUCAUUUAUUCUGCUGUCAUUUUUAGACCUUGCUGAUUUUUGACUGACUGUUGAAAUUGUAAUAAAUAUAUUUGUACUAA